AAAGGCAAGGAAGUUUGACCUUGACAAGACAGUCCAUAUGUGGGCAGAAAUGCUCAACUGGAGGAAGGAGCAUGCAGUAGACUCUAUUUUGCAGGCACUACUUGCCACUGCAUCAAAACAAGUGGAGCUUGCUGAGUCGCUGGAAACUCUGAGGGAGAACAGCAUGACUGCACCAAACUCAUGUUUUAUAAGAAGUUGCAAGUCUUAUUCCCAUAGACAAUGACCAUCAUCCACUUGGAUUGAAUUUUUGCUGAAAUUGUUUUGCAAUGCCCCUUACCUCCCAAAAAUGCUUGGCCUCCUAACUUCUCACAGUAAUUUGAGACGCAAAUUUUGCUGAGGUCCUCAAGAUGGCGGUUGCAGAUGCUUGCUGCCAGGUUGUGGACUCGUUUCUCUCAGAAAGUUUACGACAGCGUGGGUUGCUUCUUUGUGUACAUAAUAUGAUAUACUUUGACCUCAUUUGUUUCUAAUAAUGGAAAUACAAUUUACAGAGCUGAGGCUGUGGAUUUCAACAAUUUGAUAUGAGACUAAAUUUGUUGGCCAUAAUGUUUAAUUUCUCAUUUUGGAGCAUUACGUGCAUACUACUUUUCUCAUUUAUGAAAUCUCUAAAAAAUGUGAUGAUUUCUGUUCUUUC